AAAUGGCCGGCCUCAGCGCGGAAAUCCCGCCUUGCGCGGAUGAGAUUGAAAGUGUUUUCCAUCACCAGUCAGUCGUCGUGUUUAGAGAGCGAUGCAACUUCAAGUUGCAAGUCUCGACAAACGCUUCCGCUCUUCUCCGACGUUUAUUAUUUUAAGACACAUGGAAUUCGCCCUGGGCAAAUGUGUGAAUCAACGCUUCCUGUCCAAAAAGCGGCGGAAAUAUUUCAUCUAUUUCCAACUAGGCCUCAUUUUAAUAUUUUUCGUGUAUUUCAGCCGGAAGCUACCGGACCCGCAUCCGCCAAAAGAUGAACCACACGGAACAUUAUUUUGCGCUCACAAUCAUGUAGCCAUUAAACGACCAAAAGCUGACGGCCUCGUCAUCAAACCAGAUAUCCAUCCGGAAGAGUGGAGAAUGUACGACGGAACGUCUCGAAACAUUUCGGAUCAGCGCAUCUUUUUCCACGAAACAAGCGGGCGCAGCCAACUGAGUCUGAGGCAAUGCUGUGCCGUCGAAUCGGCGGCCAGAAAUAAUCCCGACCGUCCCGUCCACCUGCUGAUGCGGUCGUCAACAAACUGCGCCAGCACCGACCCAAUACAUUCCCAGCAAUUACCCAUUAAUCCAUCCUGGCUCAAAGUUCUAUCUCGAUAUCCUAACGUGGAAAUUGUCUUGUUGAACGAAGACCACUACUUUGCUGCAACACCGUUGGAAGACUGGUACACCAAGGGAGUGUGGCGUACGAGCCGGUUCGAGAUGGGACACCUGUCCGACUACAUCCGCGUCUUGACGCUCUACAAAGGUGGCGGACUCUACCUGGACAUGGACAUCCUGACCCUGAAGGCCUUCCAGGGCCCCGUGUUUCGAAACUGUUUGGUCUACGAGAACGCCGCCAAGGACACCAUAGGCAACAGUGUACUGCACCUGGAGCGCGGCCACCAUUUGAGCGGUGAAUUAAUUCGAUUGCUGGCGGAAGAAUACGAUCCGGAAGCUUACGUCUAUCACGGGCCGGAUGCCAUCGCUGAAAUUAUGAACCGCGUCUGCGGUCUGGUGGCGGGAAAUCCGAAAUCGAACGAGUGCAACAACGUCCGACUCUUGUCUCAUCGCUACUUCCAUCCAGUGGCGGCCAUGUUUUCGCACAUGCUGUUUCAAAAUGACGGCAACAUGAGCGAUGUUGAAACGCUAUUCGAAAUCAAGGAAAGCUUCGGCCUCCACUUGUGGAAUUCCAUUUCUUUGCACCACCCGAUUAAUGUAGAUAAUAAAAAUCAAAUUGUGGCCAUUCUGGCCAGAGAGCAUUGCCCACUGACCGUUAGUAGAGCAGCCGAUUUCAAUUAAUCCUCUCAAGAUCUGAUGAGAUGGAAUUGAUCCUGUUUCAGAGUUUAUUCAAAUAAUAUGACUAAAUUGAUUAUUCUCCAAGAAUAAUUGUCAAUCAUUCCCGGUUUGACGUUUCAUAGUGUUAAACAUAUUCCUGUUAUCACCUGUUAUUAUUUCUUAUUUAUAAAUACACUGAUUACAACGAAAUA